GAAACUUUUUAAAAUUUUCUUAAGCACUCCUGAACUUGACAAUAGGGUCACAAUGCCACGCCAACGAACCAAUAUAAAGAAAAAGUUAAUAGGUCCCUCGCUGGAGGAGAUCAUGAUGAAGUUAAUAGAGGAAACAGUCUGUGUGUGUGCACUUAUAGCUGUCCCGCACGUACACUGUCCAUUCUGCGUCUAUUCACCGCCCUUUGACGUCCCCAUUUUUGGAAAACACUUACAGGAAGAACAUACGCCAAAAGUGAAUGAAAAUGAAGGGCUGACUUACUUGAUGUGUAAGAGACAGUGCCAUGGGGGAACAACUUCUGGUCACUACCAUUGCAGACAAUGCACCAAAGUAUUCAAUGGCAAACUUGAUCUGAAACAUAUAGAACAUCAUCGAAGAGAUGAUCUGUCUCAGAACAGACCUACAAAGGUAUUUCAUACAUUGACCAGCGUAAUUUCCCCAGACCUAAUGGAGUAUAUACCAGCAGACAACCAAGCUAUCUGUGAUACUUUACAACACAAGUUCAAUGUCAAGUGUUCUCUCGUGAGUGACAAGUUGUGCGUUGUGAAAACAACUUUGGAGAAAAUGUCGAAGCUCUACAAUUUCCUCUCACCAUUAGCUUCUGAGAAAUCUAAAGACAUCGAUGUGCAAAAGGUUGAAUCCAUAUUCCAGGGAUUCUCAAGCGCAAACAUGUCAGCUGGGCAAACUAACCCUGAAGUAGAGCAGGGUAACAAUUCCCGAGAUGUGCAGAGUACCAA